AUGACCGGAAUCAUGAACUAUCUCCGUCGGUCUCGAGCGACGGACUCGGGUAUCGAGAUGUCCGCUACUAUCACAGCAAGUUCUUCAUCGCCUAGUUGGGGUGUGAUAGAACUUAAAGAUUUACGCGACAAGGACAACAAUCAUGUGGACUUUACCAAGGAUGAUUACCUUGGUAUUGCAUUGCUAUCACCCGUCAAGGUCGAGGAUACAGAGGUCAAUGUUUCCACUGAUCCCUGGUACGAUUUCACAUGUGAGGUUAGCAAUUUCUCGAGCGGUAACGAUGUCGAAGUCCUUGUGAAGAUCACAUUCAAGCCUAAUUGGGAUGGGGAAGCCGACAAGUUCCAAGUCAAAGAUGUCCAGCUGGAAAUGGCUGGCGAUCCGCAAGAUGAGCACUACAAGGACUCGUCGACCGGAUGGAUUCCCUACUCCAACCAGACGGUGGUUCUCACAAACGAUGAUGGGAUUAUCAUGAAAGAGGUGCCAUUCGGUCAAAAGACUGAGGUCACCUUGAACCGGGGCAACUACGGAGUUGCUGCUACAGAAGUUUUCACAGACGAUGAAACCACUGUUGCCACCGCAAAGGCUCAGCCAGGCCAAGUGGAGGUCAAACAGGGGACUACAAGCUCAGAUGUCAACGUUACGUACGAUGUUCAUCAUUACAGCGCGACAGACGUUGUAAUUGACAAUAUAGCCGGGCUCGAGGGAGAGGAAGUGCAUGUCAAGUUCAGCAGCGAAGACAGUCUGCUCCAUGAUUUUUGGAGUUCUGUUCCACAGACCACAAAGCUACGUCGAGUACUCCCAUCGGAUGGCAACGCAACUAUUGGCGUUGAUUCAAUCAUCGUGAAUAAUGUUCAAUAUGAAUUCACUCCGAAGCAGGUUGAUUUAUCAAGCAAUGAAUCUGUCUUGUUUACGGCUGGCGAUGUGACUCAGCAUCAGAUAGAAGUCUCGGAUGCCAUCAAGCUACCCAUCCAGCUGAAAAAGUCGGGCUCAACAACCGCAGGAACAAUGGUGGUGCACCUCAUUCAGAAAGACACCCGCCUUAUCUACAAGGAAAAGGUGGACAUGGACGAAGAGAACCCCCAGUUCCAGGUGUUGGUGGCCCCGGGAGAUUACAAAGUGCAGGCAAAUCGGUUCAUCGAGAAUGGAAUCUUGUAUAAAUUUACAUUUGACCCCAGUAUCACCGUCAACGAAAAUGGUAACACUGAACUGGAAUUGCAGGUGGAUCUCGUCGUCAACCUCAAUGUCCGUGGCUUCCCCAACUUUUUGAGUUUCGGUGCUUGCACCCGGGACCUCAGCGAACCUACGAAAUCGGAUGACACUGACAACGACUUAACAGACUUUGUGCAAGCUGGUGCAUCGUCAAUAUUCAAAUAUGCUGGCCAGGGUGGCGACGGCGACCCCGAAGUUGAUCUAACAGAGAGUCUAGAAAGCACACCAAGAGUGAUUGCCCUUGCGAGCGAUAUCGAAAAAGCCAUCGGAAGUGAUCAUACUGUUCUGCCGGUGUUGAUAUCAUAUACCUGCAACUUUUCUGGUGGGAACGAUGCGCCACGCUCUCUACGCGCUGCGUACAUCCUCAACCCUGAUUUCAUUGGCGAGUGCCAGAAGCGUGGCUACGAAGCGGACUCAGAAGUACCGUUCCUCAAUGCUCUGAAAGAAGCUCUUGAAUACCGGGGUGAAGCAGAUAAGGUCGAGCUUAUCCCUAGCAACAUUGACAAUACCCUUCGUGGAUAUGUACGUGCACUACACUGGCUGGUUCGGACUCUGACGAAGGAUCCCGACACCGGUAAGCCUGCCGUUUCGCUCGGGUGGCAGGUGAAUCUCUGGGCAGGAGAAGCCGCCGGUGCAGUGUGGAUUUACACGGACGAAAACCAGGCAUCGGACAAGGCGAAGAAAACAGCCGACUACUUGGAUGAACUCGGGGUAUGGCCCAAACAAGCUUCCCAGCAGGCGGAUGAAGAUGAGCUAGCUCCUCUCGACUUUCUGGCCGUUGACCGCUGGGAACGCGAUGAUUACAGAAAUGAUAGCUACCCUAAGUUCUUCUGCUUUGCUCCGCGCGAAUGGAGCAGGUAUUUUGAUUUCUGUGAAACGCUUGGCGCAGAAUUGCAUGCCCCGAUCAUGCCUUGGCAGGUGUCAGCAGCUCGCACGCCAACCUUCAAAGAUGACGUUUCGAACAAUUUCUCGACAGCACAGCACUGGGGUACCGGGGGCAGCUGCAUUUUGGGCGAUCCAGGUAUUGGAUCCGAGUACUACCGCAUUCACAAGAAGAUCUUGUCGCUGGGAUUGGAUGAGGUGCAAUUUCACGUUAAAAUCGUGGAAGAGUUAUGGAAGCGCUCUCAGCCAUUUGAUAUCAGUGUUCCAGGUUACCAAGGCCUCCAUUUGCGGGGAAUCUUCGCUGUCCUGCUAGGUGGAGGUGACACAACCGGCAUCGUGAGUAGUCUUCCUCAGGCUGGUGAGAAGCAGGAUGCUUGGGUGCGGGAAAGACUCGGAGAAUAUAUCAAGGACCCAAUUUAUUUCCAAACCGAUUGA